GCCACCAUUCUGUAAAUGGUAGUAGCAGUGGUCAUUUCUUAGUCAGAACUAAGAAAAUAUUAAUAGAAUUUAAAGAAAAUAAUAGUAAUAGAAAAAAUGAAAGUGAUAUGGAUUGCAUUGGGAUUUUGUUUAAUUUCAGUUUCAGUAAGCAUAAACCUCAGUAAUGCAUUACGUUAUACAUAUGUUGACAUCCUGAGGGACUCCAUCAAAACCCAACAGUGGGAUAAGGAUGAGGAACUCUGUUUAGGAACUAUGUUGUCCAUACUGGACCACGCUAAGAAUUUUACGUUAUGGGCUGUUUGGAUCUUAGACUCUCUGCAACCACCAGCCGGUCAACUUUUCGGGCAAAGGUACCAUCUGGGCAACUACGACGAAUGCCUACAACCCCAGAAGGGGUUCUUAUUGGACCCGGAAGUGCCCAGAACCCAAUACUGCCUGGUCAAUGUGACGCUAACAGUGAAGAACAAGGUUGUGAACCCAGCAGAUUAUGUGUGGAUUAACCAUAAUGACACUGCGGACUUUUAUUUAAAAAAACCAUCAAAAUUCGGCCGAGUCCUGUCAAGCAUGUUUCUGGGUGUCUGUGUACCAGAAACGUGUAAACCUUCUUCUGCGGCAAAGAUCGCUAAGUCUAUACUUCAGACUGGACAUUUCGGAGCUUUGAGCAACUCAGCGAACAUACAGACAACGAACUGUGAUAACGCCGAAGGAGUAAAUGUACAGUCGUCCUGGGCUAUGAUAUUUGUUCAAUUGUUCCUGAUUCUCACGGCUACAUCUAUAUUUUGCACUUAUUACGUGCGGAAUAAUAAUGGAGCGCCUAGUUCUUUUGUAAACGAACUGGCGCGUUCAUUCUGCCUGAAACGAAACAUGGACAGUCUGACCAGGGUUCGUGAUGAAGAAGUAUACUCCAUGAACUUCCUCAGGAUAGCCACCUGCUUGGCUGUGGUCAAUCUACAUUACGUGAUGCUGGUUAACGCGUAUUUCUCCAUCAAUGGAUUGGCACAGGAAUAUUUGAUGGACAAGUAUGGACAUGUCGUUACCCACGCGGAUAUAGUUGUGGACACAUUCUUAGCUUUAUCUGGGUUAUUGUUCACCCGUGGUCUCUUCAGCGAUCGGUCGCAAAACCCGCUCAAAUUCCUCUGGAAAAGAUAUAUCAGACUAGCAGCAGCGCUGACAAUACUGCUGUUCUACACAGUGGCGUUAUCAGACCGUGUAGCCCAGGGUCCCAUAUGGCAGACCCUGAAUGAUGAACAUCAUCGAGUGUGCGUGGACAACUGGCUGCUAAGUCUGUUCAUGAUCGGAAACGUGUUCAGAGUUGAAGAAAUUUGCCUCCCUCACACUUGGUACGUGCCUUUGGACUAUCAGCUGUGCGUUCUGACCGCCAUUUUGUAUAUGAUUUACAAGAGAAACAAAAUCAUUGGGAAAUGUAUCUUUAUAGUCGCUUUUAUACUCUCCAAUAUAUAUCCUGGACUUGUCACUUAUGUGAAUGAAUAUCCGCCGUUAGUGUUUUAUGGUGUAGAAUCUCUUGCCGACUUCAGGAAAAACGUUGUUUUUAACCACUUUUACAUCAAAAGCUAUUGUCGUGCUGGUCCCUUUAUGGUCGGUAUGGUCAUGGGGUACAUUAUGUUCACUUUCAAACCUAAAGACUACAGGAUGACCAUAGGAACGCUAUGGUCAUAUCUAAUUGUCAUAUUCAGUGUGCUUCUUAUGAUCGCUGUCACUGCUUUUGGCCACCAUUACUAUCUGGUCAAUGAACCCGUCAGUAACGCCAUCUAUGUGGCGUUAAACAGAACUAUCUGGGGAAUGGCCGUGUGUACCGUCAUUGGCGCUUCGGAGUACGGGCACCUUCCUAUCCUAAACAGCCUAUUCUCCUGGUACCACCUGGUGCCAUUAAGCAGGUUAACGUACGGAGUCUACCUCACACACUUCCUCAUCUUACAGUUCUUAUUCUUCUCAAUGCGAACUACAUUUAACUUGGAUUUGUUUGUAUCGGGUAUGGAGACAUCAGGGGUGAUGGUAUACAGCUUGGCAGCGAGCCUCCUCGUCUGGCUGCUUGUGGAAGCGCCUCUUAUCAACAUCAACAAUAUGAUGAUCGAUUACACAUGGCGAAAACAAACUGUGAACACAUCGGAUACUCGUAAAUGUAUCAACGGAGGAAAGAAAGACGUACUUAUAUAUAACUAGAGGCCGCCCGCGACUUCGUCCGCAUGGAAACCC